UUUGUUUCGCACACAAUAAAAUAUAAAUAAUAAUAAUAAUAAUAAUAAUACCUACGACCCUGCGCCGUUUAAUGUGUACACACACAAUACACUGUAUAUUAUAUCAUUACACGAUAACGGCGUUGUAAUAUUAUUGUUCCUACUGCGUUUUACUAUUGGAUCGCCGACGUCGAGGAGUUUUUAAUUUUUUUUGCCAUUAGUACAUUUGCCGCGCUAUACUGACGUUGUCGUCUUCUCUCGACCGUCCGACAUUCGACGAUGUAACGAUUGUCGAGGAAAUUUAUUAUUCAGUGUUUGUGAUACGCACCUGUAGCAGAGUGCAGGACGACUGCCACUGCGGUGUGCGCGUGUGUCCCCAUUGGUUUUUGCCGACCACUUUAUAAUAGUAUCGUCGUUGCCGCUGCUGUCGUCGUCGUCGAUUUCAAUAAUAAUAAUAAUAUAUAUAUAUUGUAACCUCCCGUCUUUACACGGCGAUGUGAAUCCUACACACUUGUACACUACGUUAGUACGUCGCUGCGUGGAACACACGUGUGCGCGUGUGUAGACGUCCGUCCGUCUGUGAUAAUAUUUUUAAUUUUUAAUUUUUAAGUUUUUUUGGUUUUUUUAUUCAAUCUCAUUCACUCGCAAUUGGGACCAAGUUACACAAACCGACUAAAGUGAUUGGUUUUUUUAAGCACUAAAAGUUGGUAACUUUAGAAAUAUGAAAAAAGAAGAGCCAGCCAACGUGGAGACCGGAUUGGUCAUUAAGCAGACUCGGUCGAUGAACUGUUCAAGAAUAUUAAAUCUCAUGGUUUUAGUUGGAUUUAUGGUCAAUUAUAUGCUACGAGUGAACUUCACAAUAGCCAUCGUAGACAUGGUACCUAAUCAUAAGCAAAAUGUAUCGAUAGAGCAAGCCACUAAUUUUUCAACUUCGCUAUUAAAUGAUACCACCAAUGUCACCGUGAGUUUGACUCACCAUAAUCUACCCGGUGCUGUGAAGUUUAAUUGGUCUGAGUACGAACAAAAUAUGAUAUUGGGCAGUUUCUUUUGGGGCUAUGUUCUUACGGAAUUGCCAGGUGGUCGUUUGGCGGAAAUGAUCGGAGCUCGACCGGUUUUCGGCUACUCUAUGUUGCUAGCGUCUAUGGUUACCUUAUUGACACCUAUGGCCGCAAAAAUCAGCAUAUAUUGCCUAAUAUUUUGUCGGGUGUUUUUAGGAUUUACUCUAGGAGUAACAUGGCCGGCUAUAUUGCCACUUGCUGCUAAUUGGAUCCCACCAAAUGAACGCAGCAAGUUCAUGUCCAACAUGAUGGCUUCUACUUUAGGUGCAGCUAUUACCUUACCAGUUUGCGGUAUACUAAUUUCUGCGUGGGGAUGGGAAUCCGCAUUCUAUAUCACAGGACUAGUAGGUCUUGCAUGGUCCAUAUUGUGGUUUAAUUUAGUUUUUGAAACACCUGCCGAUCAUCCUAGGAUAACCGAAUACGAAAAACAUUAUAUUGAAACAGAAAUAGCUAAGCAAAGUAAACCUGGUACAAAGCCAAAAAAACUGCCAUGGAUAAAAAUACUUACGUCUUUACCUGUAUGGGCCAUAGUUAUUACACACGGAGCUAGUGUUUUUGGUUAUUUUACUAUCGUUAAUCAGUUACCUACUUACAUGAAAUAUUUACUCCAUUAUGACAUUAAAUCGAAUGGUUUUCUAUCUAGUCUUCCUUAUUUGGGCAAAUAUUUAAUGGCGUUGGUUGCUGGGAUAAUUGCUGAUCGUCUAUUAAAUUCUGAAAAAAUAUCUAAGACAAUGACUAGAAAAAUUUUUACUUUUAUCGGAGUAUUUACGCCAGGUAUUUUGAUGAUCUUACAAGUGUAUUUUGGAGAUAAUCAAGUGUGGUCGGUAAUAAUUUUUACUAUUGCAUUGACGAUGAACGGAGCUGUUACAGGUGGUUAUCUUGGAAAUGGUUUGGACAUAGCUCCAAAUUUCUCUGGUACAAUAUUUGGAAUGGCGAACACAUUGUCUUCGUUUGGAGGGACCUUGUCAUCGUACAUAGUGGGAAAACUAACAAACAACAAUCAAACAUUUGAACAAUGGUGUAUUGUAUUUUGGAUUUUGGCUGCGACAUACAUGUGUGGCGCUAUGGUAUUUUUGAUAUUCGGAACGGCGAAAACGUUAUCGUGGAAUUCAGGACCCAGCACAGAAGAAUCAAAUGGUGUUUCAACAAACGAAUCGGAAGCACUGAAGCCGUUGAAAACUUUAUCAAAUUCUCAAUGAUUUAAUGAAGAACGAUUUUUUGGAACAAAGACAAAACAAUAUAAAACGACCACUGUUAAUUAAUGUAUAAAUUACAAUUUUUUCUUUUUAAACAAUGUACAUACGUUGACGUUAGUAUUUAUUAUAUAAAUCUUAAUAUCUAACACAUGAUAUCAAGUGAAAUAUUAUAAAAUUAUUCACAUUGAUAAAUAUUAUAAAGAGACUAAUAAACGAAACAUUUUAUUAAAAAA